AUGCUAGCCGUUUCCCCUGCUCCGUGCCGAUUUGCGCUCAUCUCUACUCCCUUGCUCCCAUCUCUCCUCCAACCCGCCUUCUGCCUUAUUGCCCCCCAUUCCCCAUACCCAUGGCUGGUUAUUCCCGUGACCUUAUUCAUCUCUGCCAUAUUCCAUGCGUUGCUCCAGUGUGAAAUAUCUCUCCUCCACCAGCUCGCAACUCUGUCAUCGGCAUGCGCAACUCACUCCCCCUUCUCCCCUCCAUAUCUUAAUCCCUUCUCCCCCCUUUCCCCUCUCUAUCUUACUCUCUUCUCUCCCCUUUCCCCUCUCCAUCUUACUCCCUUCCUUCCCCUUUCCCCUCUCUGCAUUACUCCCUCCUCUCCCCGUUCCCCUCUCUGCCAUACUCCCUCGGCUGCCACUCACCCCUCUUUGCCUUACUCCCUUCUCUCCCCUUUCCCCUCUCUGCAUUACUCCCUUCUCUCCCCGUUCCCCUCUCUGCCAUACUCCCUUGGCUGCCCCUCACCCCUCUUUGCCUUACUCCCUUCUCUCCCCUUUUCCCUCUCUGCCUUACUCCCUUCUCCCCCCUUUCCCCUCUCUAUCUUACUCUCUUCUCUCCCCUUUCCCCUCUCCAUCUUACUCCCUUCCCUCCCCUUUCCCCUCUAG